CAUGAUGCUACGGGAGUGUCGAAACUUUGACAGGCACGGAAGAGGAUGCAUGCAAGUUAAAAGACAACACAAGACAUCCUCCACGAUUCUGUGUCUAGAUAUGAAAGUGCGCGAGCGUCGAUAGCGUUGUGCAGUCGAGCUGUCCGGAGUGUGUUCCUCGAUAUGCGGUGCUGUUGUCAGCGAUCAGUCGCAGUUCGGCCGCAACUUGCACGCAGCAGUGGUGUUUUGUAAGUGGCAGUUUCUUAGACAUGGACCAUAAGGAUGUGUUUGCAGUAUUGCAGUCAGUAUGUUCAGAUGUUAUCUCAGCUCUUUAUGGAUCCGUCAGUUCUUCACAUGGCGACAACACUAAUCGUCUGUUGGGGGUGAUGAGGCUGAUUCAGGAACAUGGCCGUGCUGUGGAACCCUUGGUCACUGGCUUUACUGCCGUCUAUCACCAUUUUGAUUUUGAUGCUCAAACCCCUGGCAAUGGAUAUCGGACCUUAGUCAAAGUGGUACAUUCCUGUGUCAACUACAUCAUCCAAAAGGCACUUUACAUUGCCUCAAACUACAGUGGAGCGUUUUUCCGAAUGGAGCAUAAUGUGGCAGAAAUGGAAGCAUAUUGUAGUGCCCUGUGUCAGCUACGGGCAUUGCUUUACCUGGCACAGGUAUUACUAAAUGACAAUGGCCGUGGUCAGCUCUAUUCACAAGAGGACGGAGGUUUGAGUGAGAGGUUUGUGCAAGAGUACAUCUCGAUGCACAAGGCUUGCUUCUAUGGCCGCUGCUUGGGCUUCCAGUUUUCCCCGUCUCUCAGGCCUUUCCUACAGACAGUGGUCAUCAGUAUGGUAUCCUUUGGGGAAAACUACAAGAAACAGCAGACUGGGAUAGGCAUAGCAGCACUCUCUUUCUUCACAUCUGGCAAAUAUGUGAUGAACCCUGAGCUGAGGGGGGCGGAGUUUGAGCGCAUUACUCAAAAUUUAGAUAUGCAGUUUUGGAAAACCUUUUGGAACAUUACAGAGACAGAGCUAUUAUCAGGGUUGUCAAGGAUUGCUUCACUUGUGGUGCAAGUGAAUGUGACGUUAACCGUGCCAGCUGAAACUUUCACUUUGCCACUCGCCUCUGACUCCAAUCUCUCAGUCUCUGUUGCCCCGCCAGUUGCACACUGGGGCCCUGGGCCAGUCAAUGUGCGCCUGAUCUCACACACACUCCGCCAAGGACAGGACAGUGCAGAACUGUUGGCAUUAUCUCGGUCUGAAGGGCCUCCGCGCUCUUUACCUGUAAGUUUCAGUCGUCAGACAGCUUGUCUCUCUCCUUAUCUGCUCAUUCACUUCCAUGGAGGUGGAUUUGUCGCACAAACUUCAAAAUCACAUGAGAAUUAUUUGAAGAGCUGGUCAAAGGAUCUGGAUGUGCCUAUUCUCUCAGUGGAUUACUCACUGGCUCCAGAGGCCCCAUUCCCCCGAGCUCUGGAGGAGUGUUUCUACGCCUACUGUUGGGCCUUGAAGAAUUGCCACUUGCUGGGAUCGACUGCAGAGCGUGUUUGUUUAGCUGGGGACAGUGCAGGCGGUAACCUGUGUAUAACCGUCUCUAUGAGGGCAAUGUCUCACGGUGUACGCGUUCCUGAUGGAAUCGUGGCAGCGUACCCGGCAACUCUACUGACAACAGACUCCUCACCAUCCAGGCUUCUCACUUUGAUCGACCCUUUACUGCCUUUGAGUGUGCUGUAUAAGUGCAUUGAUGCCUAUGCAGGUACAGGCAGUCAGACAGUUCAGCCAGCACGGCAUUUAGACACCCUGGCCGCUUUGGGACAGGAUACAGUUAAGUUGAUUAUAAACUUUACACAGGGAGCGAACAAUUGGCUCCAAUCUUUAAUAGAUCCAAAAGCACCAUCUUCAUCAUCCUCUGCAACCAAAUUAUCCAAUGGGCCUUCACCUUCCAAGUCACACUCUGAAGACAGGCCACAGGAAGUCAGAGAAUACCCUGAAAACUUUGAGCCACUCCGGUCUAGGUGUUUGGUGGAUAUACAGACACCUUGCUCACCAAUAAUGAAGAACCCCUUUGUGUCUCCUCUACUUGCUCCAGUCAGUCUUCUCAAGGGGCUGCCACCAGUGCAUAUAGUGGCCUCAGCUUUGGAUGCCCUGUUAGAUGAUUCAGUAAUGUUUGCCAAAAAGCUGAGGAAUAUGAACCAGCCAGUGACUCUCACUGUAGUAGAGGACCUCCCUCAUGGCUUCCUGAGCCUAUUCCAGCUCUCCAAAGAGACCCAGGAGGCAUCUGACAUAUGUGUUCAACGAAUCAGAGACGUCUUUCAGCAAGAAGAAUGUCAGGGAAAUAAAUAAGAGCAAACUACUUUUGAUAGGUCAGGAAAUCCCAAAACUAUUUAAAAAAAACAUGAGUCAAGAUUGAGCAGUACAGAAAAAGCACACAGAAUAUGUGAAGCAAGUAGAGUUUUUGCUUUCCCCUGUCCAAACUGAACCAAAUCAACCAAACUGGACACAGACAUCUGGAAACAACCAUGCACUUAUAAAUCCAACUUGCAAUAACAAAGUCAUAUCUACUGGCAUUUAAGGAAACAUGACGCCUUGCAUAACAGUGACUAAGAGGGAUUCAUAAUCACCAUUCACUGUACUGACCAUACCUACUUAAAAGAUUUCACCAUUGUGCCUGUAUUGAAGUAAUACAAUCCAUUUGAGCUGCUUUUGCACUGCAAACUAACACCGCUUUUUAAGCAUCUUCACUGUUGCCUUUUAUUUAUGUCAACCUUUUUUGAACUCUUGUAAAUUAUAUCUGAAAUAAUGGUUUGAAUUGUUUAAUUUUAAAAUACAAGCUUUAAUUUAUCAUUUUACAAGGAUGUUUGUGUGUGACAUCAUUAUAUACAAGAUCAUUUAAAUCCUUCUAAUAGAUGCCGUUAUGAGCUUUACACCAUUGUGUCCUUUCAUACCGUUGUCUACACUUGAACCUUGUGUUAACCUCAUCUCAUCCGUAAGAACCACCAGUAACUUGUCUGUGUUAAGUAGCACAGGCAAAAAAUAAUCAAACUGUAACUAGUUACCAGUUUCUGUUACCAUGCAGUACACUAUAAAGCAUCAUGGCUGUAAAGUGUUAAUUAGAUAUAAAACAUGUUGAUGUGUAAUUUUUUUUGCCACAUUACUCCAAAUAUGUUUGUUCGAUACUGUGCUCUUAAGAGAUUUUGAUUGAUUAAAUAGCAUAAGUAUUAAUAAAGAACCAACUGGUUUAACUACAGCCUCAUUUUCCAGUGUUGUAUUGCUUAGUGGUCUGACUUUCACAAAACUUUUACCAUGGGAGUUAAUAGUUUCACCAAAAUUAAAUAGUAAAUACAGUUACUGUUACCAGAAUGAAACUGUGGUAACAUGGUUUUAGUCUCUACUGUAAUCAAAAUAAAAA